UGUCAAAUUCUGUAACAGAACCCUUUGUCUGCGGCAGCACUAGUGUAAUAUUAGCUGUUUGCAUUGUCCGCAUGUGUAUCGAAUUAAACGAAUUAAACGCCUAACAAGCCUGUUCAUAUUCAAAAAUGUGGUCAUUACGAUCCCGCCUGGCCAGCCUGUCACGCCCGGGACGUUCUUCCCAUUCCAACCCCCUGUGAAAAUGUCUUGCUAGCCAGCUAGUAGCUAUCUACACCUCAGUUUGUGGUUGUGCGUUGUAAUGUUUAGUAUUGUAUCCAUCUCUUCAUUACUAUGGCUGUACGUUGGUUAUGCAGCUUGUUUGGGAAGCCCUUUGAUGGUGGGAAGAGGAUGGACAAUGGCAGCCAGCAGCAGCACCCAGCCAUGAAUAGGCUCUAUGAGGUCCAGGGGGAGGUUCAGUCUCUGGGCCCUCAAGUGUGCACCUUCAGCGGGCUAAAGAACGAGCGGGAGUACCGGCGGCUGGAGCGCGAGCUGACCCAGCUGCUCCUGGAAGUGGACCAGGUGGACACGGAGGGCAGGGCAGACCUACAGGGGGCACGCAAGAGAGCAGCCCAAGAAGUAGAGGGGCUGUUGCGCUACCUGGAGGAGAACGCCACCCACCCGUCCCGCCUGGCCAUCGAGGAGCUGAGCAGGGAGGCCCAGAGGCUGGUGGAGCAGGGUGUGGUGGAGCCUCAGCAGGCUGGGGGCACAGCAGAGAUCAGUGAUGAGCUGGUGGAUGCCGUGCAGGAGCUGAUACUGAGGCUCACCCAGGUGAAGACAGGAGGGCGGGUGCCCCUCCGCAAGGCUCGCUACCGGGCCCUGACACGACUGUGUGCCGUGCAGGACGUGAUCGAGGGUCGCACGCGCCAGCAGACCCUUCCCCUUUCGGAAGACACACAUGUGGCCGUGCAGAGGAUCAACCAGGUGAUGGUGCAGGUGAGUGGGGCACGCAGCCAGCUGGUGGCACUGCUGAUGGGGCUGAGUGGUAGGGAUAGCUGUGCCCACCUCUCCCGCGUGCUCACUGAGCUCCUAGUGGAGCUGGAUGCCCUGGACGUGUCGGGGAACGCAGCGGUCAGAAACUACCGGAAACAGGUGGUGGAGGAGAUCAACAGCCUGCUCAAACACCUGGACCUGGAGGGAGAGGGAGACGAUACGCGCAGGUAUGACUUGGGGCAAAAUGACUCUAUCCGUCAGAUUGAGGCGGUGCGUGGUCGGGUGGGCCAGCUGCAGGGGGAGGUCCUUCGACACUGUGGGGUGGGUGACCUCUUCAGGCCCAAGCCUGAGCUCCAGAGUCUCCUCACACAUCUGGACCAGGUAGACACAGCCCGUAACCCCUGUAUCCGUGAAGCCCGGCGGCGUGCCGUGCUGGAGGUCCAGGCUGUCAUCACCUUCCUGGACCUACGUGAGGCCCUGAUCUGCCGCCAGCCCAGCCCCAACGAGCCCUCACAACACCGGGCUGUGUGGAUAGUCCUGGGCAGCCUGUCAGACCUCCAGGCCCAGGUACUCUGCUUCAAUGGCAAGCAGGCCGACAAGAGCUACAGGCUGCUGGAGGAGCUUCUGACCAAACAGCUGCUGGCUCUGGACGCAGUUGACCCACAGGGCGAUGAGAUGACCAAGGUGGCCCGCAAGCAAGCAGUCAAGUUUGCCCAGAACAUCCUCAGCUUUCUGGACAUGAAGACAGAUGAGUGGGAAUACUGAUCCACUGGAAAAGACUGGACAUAGCUGUAGGAUGCCCUAUGGAAUUGUAUAUAAACUGGUGCAUCAUCACUCUAAGAGAGUUGGGGUGUGUAAAUAUUGUCUAAAUCCCAGAAUGCACGGCAGCAGCGCUUUUCUCUUUGUCAUUGUUGCUGGCCUGUGGGGGGUGGGGGGAACAACCCAAGAACAUUUUUGUGAAAUAGAAUUUGGAGAAUAGUGUCCUGACAUACAAUGUGCUUUUUAAAGUUUACAGAGCAUCUUUUUGAAAUCUACUGUAUGUGUGUGCGUUUUGAUCAGUGUUGUUGGGUUGUGGUUGCAAAGCCUGCGGCCAAAAGCACUGAAGCCUGUUAUAGUGGUGGUCAGAGUAGUUAAGAUAGUCACUUCGUCUGUUUUUCAAAAGCAGGAGUGGGACUAGAGUAAUUAGAUCUCGAUGGUAUCCAUGUUUAGCUUGAUUACUUUGGAGGUCAGUUGUAAAUUUACUCAGCCAAAUGAUGUACAUGAUGUCUCAAAAUACUUCUUUACUGAGAUGAACCGAGUUUACAUCAGUACUGUGAGACAAGAUCUUCCUCUGUUCAUGUUGCUUCUCCACUUCCAUUUGCUCUGUGUCUCUUCCUGGUAAUGCUUUAAUCAACACUUCUGGGGCAAACUACCCUAACCCUGGACGUACACAGCUGUUUCUGGCAACCAUCCAGAUGACAAAUGAAAAGGAGAGCUUCUUUACGGCUUUAACCACUGUCCUACAAUAAUGAGGAGAAGGAGGAUGUAGAGUUAAAGGGCCUGUGAGAACAUUUGUCAAUAGCAGGGUAUGUUAUUAAAGGCCUCCUUGUAUAGAAUGAA